UUUGAUUUUGACAUUUUUGAAAAUGACAAUAUUGAAUUUUGACACAAAUAGGAGCUGGCUAUUUUUCGAUUGUUCGUCUGAUUGUUUUUUAUCCUCAAUCAGUUACUUAUUUUGAUUAAUUUAUGUGUAUUGCUUGCUAACUGUAGUGAAUGUAAUUUGGUACUAUUAAGAUUUGUACAGAAAGCCUACUUAAUCAUGUCGAGUGCCGACAGAAUUGAUUUUGAAAUGGAAGUAGAGGUGGAAAGUGCUUCAUCAGGGCCGGCUGUGGAUCCUCCUAACCCCACAUCUCCAGCUCCUGCAGCACCAGGUUGCACAAAGAGCGUCGUAGUUACAACGGCCACUUCAGGAUCUGUAACAGUAUCAUUGCAUCCUCUCGUUAUAAUGAAUGUGUCUGAACAUUGGACGAGACUGCGGGCACAAGAAGGGUCUCCACAAAUAGUAAUUGGAGCACUGAUUGGCAAGCAAAAAGGCAGAAACAUAGAAGUAAUGAAUUCAUUUGAAUUAAUGUUCAGUGUUAUUGAGGGUGAUAUCUUAAUUGAUCGAGAUUAUUACAAUUUAAAGGAGGAACAAUUCAAACAAGUAUUCUCUGAUAUGGACUUCUUGGGCUGGUAUACAACAGGAGACGCUCCAACCGACAAGGACAUAGCUAUCCACCGUCAGAUCUGUGAAAUCAAUGAGUGUCCAGUUAUGCUCAUGCUCAACCCAGCGGGAAGAAAUGGAGAUCAACUGCCUGUGGUAUUGUAUGAAUCUGUAAUAGAUGUGGUAAAUGGCAGAGCCACAAUGUUGCUGGCACCUCUCACAUACACAUUGGCAGCUGAAGAGGCAGAGAGAAUUGGUGUAGAUCAUGUAGCUCGAGUCUCUUCUGGUGAAGCUGCUCUUAACAGUUUAGUGGCUGAGCACCUAACAGCGCAGCGCUCCGCUAUAAAGAUGUUAGUGUCUCGAGUGCGUGCCGUGCUAGCGACGGUGCGUGCGAUCCGUGAUGGCACGCUGCCACCGCGGCCUGCAUUGCUGCGGGAAGCCCGCGCACUUUCCAACCGACUGCCUCUUCUCACUUCACAACAGUUCCGCACACACUUCUAUAAUCAAUGUAAUGACGUCGCUCUCAUGACUUACCUGGGCACAAUAACAAAGGGCUGCAAUGCAAUCAACCAGCUAGUGAACAGAUUCAACGUACUCUACGAUAGACAGGGCAUGGGGCGCCGCAUGAGAGGGCUGUUCUUUUAGGGUGAUAAUUACUAUUAAAUACUUUUGUACAGUUACUAGAAUAUUAUAGAGUGUGUGGAAAAAAUGCAUUUAUC